AUGGGACGCCCCCAACCUGGCGCAGUCUUGACCUGGACGUUCCUGCUUUUGCUGUUGGAAGCCUGGGCAGGACACUUGAGGGCACAGGAGUCCAAAGUGCUGCAGGGUCAGGAGUGUGAGGAUCAUUCGCAGCCGUGGCAGGUGGGCUUGUUUCAGGGUAACUGCCUGCUCUGUGGGGGUGUCCUUAUCGAUGACAACUGGGUCACCACGGCUGCCCACUGUAAAAAACCGAAGUACACAGUUUGCCUGGGAGAUCACAGCCUGUAGAGUAAGGAUGGGCUGGAGCAAGAAAUGGCUGUAGCUGAGUCCAUCCCUCACCCCUGCUACAACAAUAGCAGUGAGGACCACAACCAUGAUCUGAUGCUCGUUCGACUACGAGGUCAGGUGUUCCUGGGAUCUAAAGUGAAGCCCGUCAAGUUGGUAGAUCGCUGCCCCCAGGCUGGCCAGCUGUGCACCAUCUCUGGCUGAGGCACUGUCACCAGCCCCCAAAAUUCUCCUGACACCCUCAACAGCGCAGAAAUAAAAAUCUUUCCCCAGAAGCAGUGUGAGGACGCCUACCCCAGGAAGGUCACAGAUGCUAUGGUCUGUGCGGGCGACAGCAGUGGAGCUGACAUGUGCCAGGGUGAUUCUGGGGGCCCACUGGUGUGUGGUAGCGUUCUCCAGGGCAUCAAAUCCUGGGGCUCAGACCCCUGUGGGCGGCCGGAGAGACCUGGCGUUUAUACCAACCUCUGCCGCUAUCUGGACUGGAUCAAGAAGACCAUAGGUAACGGGUUGAUCCUCAAAGAGUCCUAG